CAGUGCUACAUUCGUUUCCGAAGCAACUAUGGUGUCGCAUGAUAAGCAAUUGGGGCACUGUUGCUGUAAGACUCUACUUCGUUUGAGUAAUGAAGGGUUAGGGCCGGAACACAAGUGGUGUGGCACAUGCGGCCAGGAUUCCAAUAUAUAAAUGAAGCACUCUUAGCUGUACCGAAUACCCCACCACACCUUCCUCUCAUUCUCUUGGAAAUGCUAAAAUCCCUGCUACUCUCCACAGGAGCAGCCAUCUUGGCCACUCUUGCAACUACUGCAGAUGCUUACAAUAACAACUGCAAUGACAACCUUGCUGUCUACUGGGGUCAGAACUCCUAUGGUGCUGUUAAUGCUAAUGACCCCGCCAACUGGCAAAAGACAUUAUCCUACUACUGUCAAGAUGACACCAUUGAUGUCAUCCCCAUUGCAUUCUUGAACAAGUUCUUUUCUACUGGUAGCGACCCAGAAAUCAAUCUUGCCAACACCUGUAACAGUGUCGACAAUGGUACCUUCCCCGGAACUAACCUUGCCAACUGCGCAAGUCUUGCCACUGAUAUCAACUUCUGCCAGUCCAAGGGAAAGAUUGUUACUCUCUCCUUGGGUGGUGCUGGUGGUGGCGUCGGCUUUGGCUCUGAUGCUCAAGGUGUAUCAUUCGCUGACCAGCUCUGGAACCUUUUCUUUGGAGGUUCCUCCACUACCCGUCCUUUUGGAUCAGCUGUGCUUGAUGGUAUUGAUUUGGAUAUUGAAAAUGGUGGCUCUACUGGUUACGCUGCCUUCGUCACACAGCUUCGCUCCCACUUCAAUGCUGCUAGCAAGAAGUACUAUGUCACUGCCGCUCCUCAAUGCGUUUACCCUGAUGCUAACUUAGGUGCUGUCAUCAACUCUGUUGCCUUCGACGCCGUUUACGUUCAAUUCUAUAACAACCCUUGCGGUCUUCAAAACUACAACGCUCCCUCUCAAUGGAAUUUCGGUAUCUGGGACUACUGGGCCAGAAACGUCUCUCCUAACAAGAAUGUCAAGAUCUACAUCGGUGCACCAGCCAGCUCUGGUGCAGCUGGUGGCGGUUACGUUUCAGCCUCAACCCUUGCCACUAUUGCCCAAACUACUCAAGCUGACUUCCCCAGCUUUGGAGGCCUCAUGUUCUGGGAUGCAUCCCAGGCAUACGCAAAUGGCCGAUAUGAUGUUUCUGCUAAGAGUGCUCUUACCGCCAAGGGCACUUGCUCAGGUACCUUUACAUACCCAGCUUGCAGUGCUGCUGCUUAUGUUUCUGGUACCACCUACAAUGCCAACUCCAAGGUCUCCUACAACGGAUACAUUUGGGAAGCCAAGUGGUGGUCACAGAGCGCUCCUACUGCUGAUCCCAAUGGUGACUGGAUGCCUAUCAGCGCAUGCUCUGGCAGCGGCGGUGUCAAUUCCACCUCUACUACCACUACUACUACUACUACUACUACCACUUCAAAGGCCACUACCACCACUACUGUUUCCACCACCACUAAAGCCACCACCACCACUACCCCUGCCACUACAACCACCACUACCAAAACUACAACUGCCUCAGCCACUCCUACUGGCAGCAGUGGUAACUGCAGCGGUGUCGCUGCAUGGUCAAGCACUACUGCUUACGUUGGAGGAAGCACAGUUACUUACAAUGGACAUCUCUGGACAGCCAAGUGGUGGACUCAAUCUGAGACUCCCUCAUCUACUAGCUCUGUGUGGGUAGAUGGAGGAGCUUGCACUUCCACCUCUAAGCGUAGACGUCAACUCUAUGCUCGCCGUCGUUUCUAA